AUGGGCAACUCCAAUACAAAGGAGUCUCGUCCCGAGCCUUCCGGCGCCUCCGGCCGGCUCUCCCAGGCGCCCUCACAUGAGCCCGCCGCCGCCAGCCGACCGAACGAGCAACCUGUUCCUCCUUCCGACCGUAGCAGGAAUAGGCAAAGUCGGUUUACAAGAGGCGAGCUAAAUCUUCUUGGCCUGGGCUCAACGGGAGCUAACAACAGAGAAGAGGCGCCCUAUGAACGGAGGGAAACGAAACAGGAAAGGGAGGCGAGACGCCUCGAGAAGGAAAGGACGGCUCGUGAAAAGGAGCGUGAACGGAGUAUGAAAGAGGAACAUGUCGACGGAGGAUAUCUGGUCACGCUUGGCGUCUACACCGGACCCGAAGACUUCAAUAAGCAAGUCGUCAGGCAGCUUCAGCUCGAUCGCAAAAUCGCGCCUUUCUGGCGAGGCCUUGACGACAAGGAUGACAGCUGGACCGAAUACCAGCUCGUCUGCGCUGGCCGAGGUCUCCCCAUCCCCGCUGCCGACGAGCAACCCCCCGAAGACCUUGUUCCUGCAGCUCCGACGCCAGUUUCGGCCAAUGCCUCUUUCGCAAAACCUUGCAAAUCUGACCGUGCCCAUGGCCCUCGCUCGUUAUCUGUUGAGUCUGACUACAGCACAUCGACGGCCAACGCCAACUCGGCUCUUGCCUCGCCAUCACGAACUCAAAGCGUAAGCUCGCAGCACAACGGGCGCACCAAGCCAGGCGCGCUGCUGCCGCCACAGCGCUACAUACGGCCGCUUUCCUCAUCGGCGAAAAACCAACCACAACGUGGUUUUGCUUUUACUCGGCCUGGACGCUUCAGUAGACGCAACACCGGGCAGAGCAGCCCAUCCGCCAACCCUGGCGACGAAAGCCCGUUGGCACAUGACGGCGAGGAUCCGAACGGCAUGGAACCGGGCCCUCGUGGAUCCUCUGGUCGUGGCAUUCUCGGUCGCCGAAGCCGCAUGGACGAGCUCGAGGACAUGAUGUUCAUGGAGGCUGUUCGACUCUCUCUCGCUGCCGAAGAGGACCGAAAGCGGAAACAGGAAAAGGCCGAGCGCAAGGAUGCCAAGAAGCGGGAGAAGGAGGAGCGAAAGGCAGCGAAGAAGGCCGAGAAGCAAGGCCAUUUUUACAACGGAGGUAGCUCUGCUAGCGCCAGCAGCUUGUCUCUCGGAUUUGGUAGACGUCGUGGCAACAGCACGACCAGCAACCUUCGCAUGGAAGCAACGCAGAACGCGCAGACCAGCUCGACCAAGGUCAACGAAGUGCCCAGCGGGUCGCCCACCAGCCCGACACCACCUGUGGAGGCCGGCGACAAGGGCAAGGGCAUCGAUCGUGGACAGGCUGAAUCGGAAGGCGUCGACAGCACAGCUACCCAGAGCAGCUCGACAGUACCCUCGCUACCGAUCCCCACGACGAGCCGCGGCCCGUCUCACCUCAGACAAAUGAGCAACGCCUCAUCGAUAUCCUCCUCUCUCGCUGACAGCGCGGCUGGGAGCUACUCGAACACUGGCUACCUCGAUGGUAACAACCCUCGAGGAAAUGGGACCAGCUCGGGUGCGCGGGGCGAAGAAGCCGACCGCGACGCUACAGAGCCCAUGUACAACUUCCGCAGCCUGGCAGAGAUGGUGGGCGUCGACAUUGAGAAUGGCGAAAGCUUGGCACGAGCUGGGGACACGAACAACAGCUCAGCGACGAAGAAGAGAGACGAUGACGAUGCCCCUGAAGCCGAACAAGUAGAGGAUGUCCGUCUUACGAAGCAACAGCUGGUCGAGGAUAGCGUGGCAACGCUCAAACCCCCACCUACGAUAAUCGAGCUGCCUGAAGAACACGGAGAGACGAGCGUCACCAGCACGCCCAUCAGCGAUAUAUCGACGCCUGAGGUUAUGGUCACGCCGGAGACACCGGCACCUCUCGACGACGAAGGGGGCGAGUCAAAGAAACUGGGAUACUCAAUGGUGGAGAGAUCACCAGCUAUCACACACUGA